UUCAGAAUGCCGUAUGGACUUCCACUGUUCUACUGAUACUUUGAGUUCCCUCUUCUCCUAGGCAAAAAUCAAUUUCAUCAUGGGUCAUCGAAGAAGGCCAACAAAUGACAGCUAGUGCUUUGUCUGUAAAACGAAGGCUUCAUAGUAAGCUCUCAAGCCUUCAUACCAUGAACCCAACAUAUGCACAGAUUCAUCCAUCGUUCCCUGGAUUGUAUGUGCAAUACACACAAAACGAGGGUACCCAAAAAGGGGCAAAAGGAAGCAAACCAAAAUAGUCAGACCCCAAAAGCCAUCUUUUCAAAACGCAUAAGCAUCCCAUCCCGUCUACUCCUCCCCCGUAUACGAGGGGGUGGAAUCCCACCGGUUCAACGGCCCGCCUCCUCACUCCUCCCGUGUCUACCUCCAACGCCAAGUAAACGACGCCUGCAGGACAAACAAACACCACCCCCAUUGCUUCUCCUCACCAAAGAAUUCCCACCAAUUCCCCUUCUCGUAUCCAGAGAUCUCGUGCUUGUGGAUGCCGGCACUAGCGCGACCUCAACCUCCAUUAGGAAAUCUGGGGAAUAUAGGGUUGAGUUCUCCCUAGGGACGGAGGGGGCCCAGCCAAGACGUGAGCAAAAGCUUGAGAAGGAAUUGGCUUUUUUCUUUGUUUGGAGAGACAUUGACAAUCGGUCAUGGCAUGGGAGAAACUCGGAUUUGGUGAUGGCUUCGAAUUACUGCAGAGACCCCAUGAUGGAGUCUACUACAGGUGGUUUAUAGCCUGUUUGUGACUAACGAGAGUAAUUGAUAAGGCCUCACUCAACAAGGCACCUUACAUCCGUAGUGGGACGUAUGAGUGUCUUGUGUCGCGAUGUCUCUGGUAUCAUGAACAACCUCAAAUUCUAAGCCC